AUCUACAAUUCCAGUGGAAACCGCAAGGCACGCGAUGUGGCAGAAGCCUAGAGGGCCUUCAGAAUUGUUCUGGACCCUUCUUUUAGCAUAGGGGAGUUCAACACAAGCCACCUGCAGCCCUCGCUGCGCCCCCCCCCCCCAUCUCCUGAUCUCUUCUCUUUAACCUGUUCUCAUUUUUUGAGUUAAGUUCUGUUUCCAAAACUGUCCUCUGGAGCUAUAAGUGGAUUGCCAGAAAUGAGAGAUUAAGUGCAAGAGAAGAGGAAGCGUCCUGUGUUGUGUCUCUACUCUGCUGCCGACAUGAAGUGCUUUUUCCCAGUGCUGAGUUGUCUGGCUGUGCUGGGUGUAGUGUCGGCACAGCGACAUGUCGCCGUCCAGGAAGGACCCCUGUACCGCACGGAGGGCUCCCACAUCACCAUCUGGUGCAACGUGAGUGGCUACCAGGGGCCGUCUGAGCAGAAUUUCCAGUGGUCCAUUUACCUGCCAUCUGCCCCAGAGCGCGAGGUCCAAAUCAUCAGCACGGUGGACUCUUCCUUCCCUUACGCCAUCUACACCCAGCGGGUCCGCGGGGGGAAGAUCUAUGUGGAGAGAGUGCAGGGGAACUCAGCCUUGCUGCACAUCACCGACCUCCAGGCCCGGGAUGCCGGGGAGUAUGAGUGCCACACGCCCAACACAGAUGAGCGGUACUUUGGGAGUUACAGUGCCAAGAUGAACCUAGUGGUGAUCCCCGACACCCUGCAGACCACAGCCGUGCCCCAGACUCUGCACAAAGUGGAGCAGGACCCCCUGGAGCUCACGUGUGAGGUGGCCACGGAGACGCUCCAGCACAGCCACCUAUCUGUGGCCUGGCUCCGGCAGCGAGGGGGCGAGAAGCCUGCGGAGGUCAUUUCCCUGAGCCGAGACUUCGUGCUGCACUCCAGCAGCGAGUACACCCAGAGGCAGAGCCUGGGGGAGGUGCGGCUGGACAAGCUGGGGAGCACCACCUUCCGCCUCACCAUCUUCCACCUGCAGCCCUCCGACCAGGGCGAGUUCUACUGUGAGGCCGCCGAGUGGAUCCAGGACCCAGACGGCUCGUGGUAUGCCAUGACCCGAAAGCGUUCCGAGGGAACCGUGGUCAACGUCCAGCCCACGGACAAAGAGUUCACUGUUCGGCUGGAAACAGAGAAGCGGCUGUACACGGUGGGUGAGCAGGUGGAGUUCAGAUGCAUCCUGGAGGCUCAGAACGUUCCUGACCGUUACUUUGCCGUCUCCUGGGCCUUCAACAGCUCACUCAUUGCCAGCAUGGGGCCUAACGCCGUGCCGGUCCUCAACAGUGAAUUCACCCAUCGGGAAGCCAGGGGCCAGCUGAAAGUGGCUAAAGAGAGCGACGGUGUCUUUGUGCUGAAGAUCUACCACCUCCGCCAGGAAGACAGCGGGAAAUACAACUGUCGUGUGACAGAGAGAGAGAAAACGGUCACCGGGGAGUUCAUCGACAAGGAGAGCAAGCGGCCCAAGAACAUCCCCAUCAUAGUCCUCCCCAUCACAGAUAACUGGGUAGUUAAAGUCCCUCAGCACCACCAGAUCCUGCCCCAAGGCCACUUGGAGAGCAGCAUCUCCGUGGAGGUGGCCAGCAACGCCAGCGUCAUCCUGGAGGGUGAGAACCUGCACUUCUCCUGCAGCAUCCGCAUGGCGGGCCGGCCGCAGGGCCGCUUCUCGGUCGUCUGGCAGCUUGUGGACCGGCAGAACCGCCGUAGCAAUAUCAUGUGGCUAGACAGGGACGGCACCGUCCAGCCCGGCGCGUCCUACUGGGAGCGCAGCAGCUUUGGGGGCGUCCAGAUGGAGCAGGUGCAGCCCAACUCGUUCAGCCUGGGCAUCUUCAACAGCAGGAAGGAGGAUGAGGGCCAGUACGAAUGCCACGUGACUGAAUGGGUGCGGGCCGUGGACGGCGAGUGGCAGAUCGUCGGGGAGCGCCGGGCCAGCACCCCCAUCUCCAUCACGGCUCUUGAAACAGGCUUUGCGGUCACAGCCAUCUCCCGCACGCCGGGCGUGACCUACAGCGACUCCUUUGACCUGCAGUGCAUCAUCAAACCCCAUUACCCGGCCAGAGUCCCCGUGUCGGUGACGUGGCGGUUCCAGCCGGUAGGCACCCUCGAGUUCCAUGACCUGGUGACCUUCACCCGGGACGGAGGGGUCCAGUGGGGGGACAGGUCCUCCAGCUUCCGAACCCGAACGGCCAUCGAGAAGGCCGAGUCGAGCAACAACGUGCGCCUGAGCAUCAGCCGAGCCAGCGACACGGAGGCGGGCAAGUACCAGUGCGUGGCCGAGCUGUGGCGGAGGAAUUACAACAACACCUGGACGCGGCUGGCCGAGCGGACCUCCAACCUGCUGGAGAUCAGGGUGCUGCAGCCAGUGACCAAGUUGCAGGUGAGCAAGUCGAAGAGGACCCUCACCCUGGUGGAAAACAGGCCCAUCCAGCUGAGCUGCUCCGUCAAGUCUCAGACCAGCCAGAACUCGCACUUCGCCGUGCUGUGGUACGUCCACAAGCCCUCGGAUGCCGACGGCAAGCUCAUCCUGAAGACCACCCACAGCUCGGCCUUUGAGUACGGCACCUACGCCGAGGAGGAGGGCCUGCGAGCCAGGCUCCAGUUCGAGAGGCACGUGUCCGGGGGCUUGUUCAGCCUCACGGUGCAGAGGGCCGAGGUCAGCGACAGCGGCAGCUACUACUGCCACGUGGAGGAGUGGUUGCUGAGCCCCAACUACGCCUGGUACAAGCUGGCCGAGGAGGUUUCGGGGCGCACGGAAGUCACUGUGAAGCAGCCAGAUAGCCGCCUGAGGCUCAGCCAAGCGCAGGGGAAUCUGUCGGUCCUGGAGACACAGCAGGUGCAGCUGGAGUGUGUGGUGCUGAAUCGCACCAGCGCGGCCUCCCAGCUGGUGGUGGAGUGGUUUGUGUGGAAGCCCAACCACCCGGAACGGGAGACCGUGGCCCGCCUGAGCCGCGAGGCUACCUUCCACUAUGGGGAACAGGCGGCCAAAAACAACCUGAAGGGGCGGCUGCAUUUGGAGAGCCCUUCCCCCGGUGUGUACCGGCUCUUCAUCCAGAACGUGGCAGUGCAGGACAGCGGGACCUACAGCUGCCGCGUGGAGGAGUGGCUGCCCAGCCCCAGCGGCGUGUGGUAUAAGCGGGCAGAGGACACUGCCGGGCAGAUGGCUGUGACCAUCAUGCGGCCAGAUGCUGCCCUGCAGGUGGACAUGGUGGUCCCCAAUGCCACAGUGUCCAAGAAGGCAGCUUUCCAGCUGGACUGCAGCAUUGUUUCUCGGUCAAGUCAGGACUCCCGCUUUGCCGUGGCCUGGUACUCCCUGAGGACUAAAGCUGGAGGGGAAAGGGACGGCCCUGGCCUGGGCGAACAGGAGGAGGAAGGGGACGAGGAGGAGGAGGAGGAGGAGGACCCAAUGGAGCGGAUGGCCCUGCUGAGCGUGGGCCCAGAUGUCGUCUUUGGCCCAGAAGGCAGCCCCUGGGAGGGCAGGCUUCGCUUCCAGAGGCUCUCCCCGUUGCUCUAUCGGCUCACCGUGCUGCAGGCAAGCCCCCAGGACACGGGGAACUACUCCUGCCGAGUGGAGGAGUGGCUGCCCAGCCCUCAGAAGGAAUGGUACCGGCUGACGGAAGAGGAGUCGGCCCCCAUCGGCAUCCGGGUUCUGGACACAAGUUCCACCCUGCAGUCCAUCAUCUGCUCCAAUGACGCGCUCUUCUACUUCGUCUUCUUCUACCCUUUCCCCAUCUUCGGCAUCCUCAUCAUCACCAUCCUAUUGGUGCGCUUCAAGAGCCGGAACUCCAGCAAGAACUCGGAUGGGAAGAAUGGGGUGCCCCUGUUGUGGAUCAAAGAGCCACACCUCAACUACUCCCCCACUUGCCUGGAGCCCCCUGUGCUCAGUAUCCACCCAGGAGCCAUAGACUAAGGGGAGCCCAGCGGACCUCAGCCACAGAGGAGCUGAGACUCUCCCUUCCUGCCUCUUGCUCUGCGAUCGCUCAGCAGACGGCACCCAACCUCUGGAGUGCUCUUGCCCGAAAACUGUCAGACUUGAGAAGUGUUCAAAGUCCCCGAUCAGUCACAGAGACAGACUGCCUCUCAGUGGCAGUCCUGGUUGGUUAGCUGUUUUGGAGCAGAUGUCCUUAUCCUGCAGAAUUAGGCUCCUUGUUUCUGUUUCCGGUAAUGUAGUGAGUAGCUCCAGGUGCCAUGUCUACUCACUGAUUUAUAUAGUAUUCUCAUAUAGAUGUGACAGGGGUUCUUAUUCUUUGUAAUGGACUCUUUUUAAAUCCCUUUGGUUUACCCUUUUUGGAUUCCGUAACGUGACGGACGAAUUUCUCUUUAAGGUACCACCGAUGGCAAAAGGAGGGAUGAACUUUAUGGCGCAAAGGAAUCUCUUCCAAGACUUAUUGUUUUUGCGUACUUGAAAAUGCUACCCACGGAUCAGAACACACCCAAACGUUUUCUACUUUCUUAACGAGACUCGAAAAUUAUGUGUAGUGUGGGCCCAAUUUGUAUCUUAUCUUCUCCCUCAGCUGGAGUGGUUGGAACCACUUUGUAGUAGUCAAGAUGAAAGCAUUGAAUUUUGCUUCAAAGAACUGUGUAUGUACAACAGAAAUCCUGCAUAACCCCAUUAGGAGUAGAUGGUGCCUGACCAGCCUGUCAGGGAGGCAAAGAAUAGGCUUCAUCCCAAGCUUGCCAAAAAAACCCCCACAAAAACAAAAAACCCACUUUGU